GCUGUCAAAGGCAAAAGUCCAAAUCAGCCGACAGGUGAAAAAAUAACCAAUCAACCGCGUUUGUCUCCCCGCCAGACCUAAAGAAAAUAAAAACCUUCUGGUUUUGAGUAAAAAUACACGCAAAGUGCAAGAUUUGCAGCAGGUGUCGGUAGCACGAACACGUGCGCUUACAGAAUGAGGUACGGCGCCAGGGAUCUGUGCUUCCGUGGGCUGUUUCUUCUCGCUGCCCUGUUAUCGACCUGCAGCGGAUUGUACGAAGACCAGAUAGGGAAGUUUGACUGGCGACAGCAGUACGUGGGAAAGAUAGUGGACGGUGCAUUCGAUACCAGCUCCGUCGAUCGGAUCAUCGUUGCGACCGAGAGCAAUGUGCUGGCGGCAAUUAGCGCCAAAACUGGCGACAUUCUAUGGCGCCAGGUGCUGGAAAAUGGACCCCGCGGCACGGUAAAGCUAUUGCACGUCGCAAACCCUUCGUCGACCGGCGCCAGGUUGAACAGGGGCGGCAAUGCCGGGCAUGAUAUAAUCACCGUCUCCGGCAGCAACCCGGCACUGGUGCGCGGAUGGAACUCUAACCUGGGCACGCUCGAAUGGGAAUGGUCGCUGCUGCCGUCGGUGGCGGAGGAAGCCGCAUCGGCAGCCGUUUGGUUCGAGCACGAUGGUUUGCUGUAUCACGUGGUGCCCGUUUGGGGCUCGCACCUGGAAGUUACCCCGUACCAGGCCGUCUCGGGCCAGCAGGCCCGUUCUACUACGAGCCGGAUUACGGCCGGUUGGAUCGCAAAGGAGCGUUGCGCGCUAGCUGGGUCGUUUUUCGCAUGCGGCAUCAAGGAGCAGUUGCUCGCACUGGAUCUGGCGGCCGACGCCAGCAGUACGGUCGUAUCAAAACCGCUCGGGUCCGAAGCAGUUGGACGCCCGAAAGCGGUUCGCGGUGAAGCGGCAGUCAUCCAGAAUGGGCGCUACUACGCGUUGCGCUCCGAUCAAAAGCUUGCGUUUGGGCCGAACGAUGCUGCCCUGGUAGAUCGUAUGGUGCAGGAAGGUGAACCGAUUCUUCUCCAGGGUGUGGUCGAUCGGGCCAGCAAUAAACUAACGAUCAAUGCCCACAGACUGCGUGAUUUUGCGCGGUUUGAGCAGAUCGAAAUCAGUACCGACUUUAGUGAAACGCUAGGUGAUCCGGACCUGGUGGCAAUUCGUUGCAAACAAUCGUCCGGCAGUGGAUCGGCCCGGGCCGGUACCGCAGGGCUUGUGUGCCGUGUGCUGCUGUCCACCGAGGAUGGCGCGAUCGUGCUGCUGCAGCAGGGCAAGAUCAAGUGGGUCCGUGAAGAAGCGCUGGCCGAGGUGGAAACGGCCGACUUCCUGGAUCUCACGCUAUCCGAUGCCGAAGGAGCCAUCGAGGAGGAACUUAACAACAAAAAUGCAGAAGAAAAUGGGCCAGAAUGGGACGUGUUUGGAGCGUUACAGCGUCGCAUUACGGCGCAAGUGUUGCACGUGAAGAACCUAUUCCUGCACAUCCUUGGCGUCGGACCGGCCCCAUCCAAGGCACAACGGGCCGGUCUGGUGCGGGACGAUUUCGGACUGCACAAGAUGCUCGUGGUGGUGACGUCGAGCGGAAAAAUAUUCGGCAUCGAUAACGUGUCCGGAAAGCAUCACUGGGUGCGCUACCUGCCCUCGUUCACUGGGUUCGGCAACGGGCAGCCGAUGAAGCUGCUGGUCCAGCGUACCUCCCGCUUCUAUCCCCUGCCCGCCCAGUGCGUUAUUCUUGGACGACACAAGCACGGCGCGCGGAACGGUCUGUUGUACAUAUUCAACCCGAUCACGGGCCAACCGGUGGUGGGCGGCGGUCUAGUCGAGCUGCCGUACCGUGUCCAGCAGGUUUCGCUGCUGCAUCAAACGGGGCCCGAUUUCCUGAAGGGCCUGCUGCUGCUAGACUACGACAAUAAUGCGCACGUGGUGCCCGAAUCGUUGGCGGUGCAUGCGGACAAUUACUAUCUCUUCACCACCGACCAGCGUGGGGCGCAGAUGCGCGGCUUUCUCGUGCAGUACCGGGCGGGCAAACUGGAAACGGUGCCCACGUGGCAGAUCGAUUUGAGUGGCGCCGGCAAAAGUCAGCAAAUAAUUGCCUGCGAAGGCAAGAGCCCCAUCGAGCAUGUGCACUCGCAGGGUCGCGUCAUGGCGGACCGGUCAGUGCUGUACAAGUAUAUCAACCCGAAUCUGGUCGCCGUCGCUACCCAUGGACCGGACAACAUUCACAAAUACAUAUUGAACGUUCACCUGGUGGAUGUGGUUUCCGGCUCGAUCGUGUUCUCCAUGUCGCAUAAACGCAUCCGUCCGCCGCUGCAUAUGGUACAUUCAGAGAACUGGCUAGUUUACUCAUACUACAACGAUAAGGCCCGUCGAACGGAAAUGACUUCGAUCGAACUGUACGAAGGUAAAACGCAAACGAACAGCACGGUUUGGAGCUCGCUGGAUGCGCCGCCUCUACCGAUGGUGGAACGCCAGUCCUACAUCCUGCCGAUGGCCGUUGCCGCUCUGAAGGAAACCAUCACCGAGAAGGGCAUCACUAGCAAACACAUUCUCAUCGGGCUGACCACUGGAGCGGUGGCCGAAAUGACGUGGGCCCUGCUGGAUCCCCGCCGGCCCGUCACCUCGCCGGAGAAGGCGCGCGAAGAGGGCAUCGUGCCGUACAUGCCGGAGCUUCCGCUGCCGCACGAGAUCCUCAUCAACUACAACCAAACUGUGACGCACAUCCGGGGCAUACAUACGGCGCCGUCCGGGCUGGAGAGCACCUGUCUGGUGCUCGUGCACGGGCUCGAUCUGUUUGUGACGCGCGUUUCGCCCUCGAAAACGUUCGACCUGCUGAAGGAGGACUUUGACUACUUCCUCAUCACGGUCGUGCUGGUAGUGCUGACCACCACGUCAUUUGUGGUGAAGCAGCUCGCCUCGAAAAAGCUCGUCAAGCAGGCGUGGAAAUAAUCGGGGUGAAACAGCAAUGGGUUUAAAGAGGGGAAGAGGGUUGUGGGGGGGGGGGAGUAUUAAAACUAAUGGGUAUGUGUGUUUGUGCGUGCAUGCGUGUGUUACAAGACGUGCGCUGGGGUCUGCGCAGUCUUACUGUGUACAACCAAAAAGACAUUUAAAUGCAUUUUCACUUCAACCCUUAUGCUGCGCCGUCAGAAUAUGUUAAGCUGCAUUUCGCCGGUAUCACCAAACCAUUGUUUUUUUUGUUAAACAACUUUCACACAUACACACACACACAUACACUACAUAGUGUAGCGACAGAGUUUGCGUGGGUAAAGGGAAGUAGCGAGCCGUCGUUACCAUUGGCAACUAUUUUAAUUUCCUUUCUGUUUUCUAUGCACUUAAGCCGGCUACGAUUGCCGUACAAAUACACUGUCGUUGACGUCGUCUGUCGGGCGGAUGUUGCAUAUUCAAAACAGUUAAUUUUAUUUUCCCUCAGUAAUGUUACUUUUCUAGACCAAAUAAAGAACUGAGUGCGCCAGUGAGUGCUGCCAGGUGCGUUCUGAUUCGAAUACGGAAGCACUGUAAUGGA